CUAGCUUUGUGCUGAGUGCUCCAACCCCGGCUGACUGUCUGACACAGCCUCCGCCCAGCCAGCAGAGAACCGCCCCAGUCACACUGCCUGCCCUCGGCGGCUGCUCGCCGCAAUGACGGACAACAUCCCCUUGCAGCCCGUCCGACGGCCGAAGAGGAAAAACAGCAAACACAGCAAUGGGUGCUGCCCGUGGUCCAAGUGUUGCGGCAUGUGCGACUUCCGUCCCCGCACGGUGUGGCUGGGCCAUCCAGAGAAGAGGGAGCAGAGGUACCCCCGGAAUGUCAUCAACAACCAGAAGUACAACUUCUUCACCUUCCUGCCCGGGGUGCUGUUCAAUCAGUUCAAGUACUUCUUCAACCUCUACUUCCUGCUGCUGGCCUGCUCCCAGUUUGUGGAGGAGCUCCGCUUGGGCGACCUCUACACCUACUGGGUCCCUCUGGGUCUGGUGUUGAUCAUCACCAUCAUUCGAGAGGCCGUGGAUGAAAUAAGAUGCUAUUUUCGAGACAAAGAGGUGAACUCACAGAUCUACAGCAAGCUGUCAACGAGAGGCACAAUGAAGGUGAAAAGCAGCAACAUCCAAGUGGGGGAUCUUAUCAUUGUAGAAAAGAACCAGCGCGUUCCUGCUGACAUGAUCUUUUUAAGGACCUCGGAGAGAAAUGGCUCCUGUUUCCUCCGCACUGACCAGCUGGAUGGAGAGACCGACUGGAAGCUGCGCCUCCCGGUGGCGUGCACACAAAGGCUGCCCACUGCUGCACAGGACCUUCUACAGAUCCGAUCCUACGUGUACGCGGAAGAGCCAAACAUCGACAUCCAUAACUUUAUCGGAACCUUCACCAGGGAGGACGGAGACCCUCCCAUCAACGAAAGCCUCAGCAUUGAGAACACGCUGUGGGCCAGCACGGUGGUGGCCUCGGGCACGGUGGUGGGGGUGGUGAUUUACACUGGUAAGGAGCUGCGCAGUGUCAUGAACACCUCCAACCCAAGACACAAGGUGGGCCUGUUCGACCUGGAGGUGAACUGCCUGACUAAGAUCCUGUUCGGGGCCCUGGUGGUGGUGUCUAUGGUCAUGGUGGCCCUGCAGCACUUCGCGGGACGUUGGUACCUGCAGAUCCUGCGCUUCCUGCUGCUCUUCUCCAACAUCAUACCCAUCAGCUUGCGCGUCAACCUGGAUAUGGGGAAGAUGGUUUUCAGCUGGAUGAUCAAGAGGGACUCCAAGAUACCUGGAACGGUGGUGAGGGCCAGCACCAUACCCGAACAGCUGGGCCGCAUCUCCUACCUGCUGACUGACAAGACAGGAACUCUGACCCAAAAUGAGAUGGUGUUCCGCCGGCUCCACCUUGGCACUGUGGCAUACGGGAUGGACUCAAUGGAUGAAGUGCAGAGCCACGUGUUCAGUGCCUACACACAGCCCACCCAUGACCUCCCGGCCUCCAGGACCCCGGCGGCCACCAAGGUUCGCAAGACCAUCAGCAGUCGAGUUCACGAGGCGGUGAAGGCCAUCGCCCUGGUGCACAACGUGACGCCAACGUACGAGUCCAACGGCGUGACGGACCAGGCGGAGGCCGAGCAGCACUACGAGGACACCUGCAGGGUGUACCAGGCCGCCAGCCCCGAUGAGGUGUCGCUGGUGCAGUGGACAGAGAGUGUCGGCCUGACGCUGGUGGGCAGAGACCAGUCCUCCAUGCAGCUCAGGACGCCCACUGGCCAGAUAAUGAACUUCAGCAUCCUGCAGAUGUUCCCCUUCACCUACGAGAGCAAGAGGAUGGGCAUCAUCGUGCGAGACGAGUCAACUGGAGAGAUCACGUUCUACAUGAAGGGUGCUGAUGUGGUCAUGGCCGGCAUCGUCCAGUAUAACGAUUGGCUGGAAGAAGAGUGUGGCAACAUGGCCAGAGAAGGUCUGAGGGUCCUGGUGGUCUCCAAGAAGUCCCUGACCGAGGAGCAGUAUCAGGAUUUUGAGGCACGCUACGUCCAGGCCAAGCUCAGCGUGCACGACCGCUCCCUCAAGGUAGCCACGGUGAUCGAGAGUCUGGAGAUGGAGAUGGAGCUCCUGUGUUUGACCGGCGUGGAGGACCAGCUGCAGGCCGACGUCAGACCCACCUUGGAGAUCUUGCGCAAUGCUGGCAUCAAGGUGUGGAUGCUAACAGGAGACAAGCUGGAAACGGCCACGUGCACUGCCAAGAACGCCCACCUGAUCACCCGCAACCAGGACAUCCACAUCUUCAGACCCGUGACCACGCGAGGAGAAGCCCACCUGGAGCUCAACGCCUUCAGGAGGAAACACGACUGCGCCCUGGUGAUAUCGGGGGACUCGCUGGAGGUUUGCCUCAAGUACUACGAGUACGAGUUCAUGGAGCUGGCGUGCCAGUGUCCCGCCGUGGUCUGCUGCCGCUGCGCCCCCACCCAGAAGGCGCAGAUCAUCCGACUGCUGCAGGAGCGCACGGGCAAGCUCACCUGUGCUGUCGGGGACGGAGGAAACGAUGUCAGCAUGAUCCAGGAAGCCGACUGUGGCGUGGGAGUGGAGGGAAAAGAAGGCAAGCAGGCCUCGCUGGCCGCAGACUUCUCGGUGACUCAGUUCAAACAUUUGGGUCGUCUGCUGAUGGUUCACGGUCGCAACAGCUACAAGAGAUCCGCAGCCCUCAGCCAGUUUGUCAUCCACAGGAGCCUCUGCAUCAGCACCAUGCAGGCCGUCUUCUCGUCUGUCUUCUACUUUGCUUCAGUGCCGCUUUACCAAGGAUUCCUCAUCAUCGGCUACUCCUCCGUCUACACCAUGUUCCCCGUCUUCUCCUUGGUGUUGGACAAAGACGUCAAGUCUGAGGUGGCCAUGUUGUACCCAGAAUUAUACAAAGACCUGUUGAAGGGAAGACCUCUGUCCUUCAAGACAUUCCUAAUAUGGGUCUUGAUUAGUAUUUAUCAAGGCAGCAUCAUCAUGUACGGGGCGCUGCUCCUCUUCGAGUCCGAGUUCGUCCACAUCGUGGCCAUCUCCUUCACCUCGCUCAUCCUCACCGAACUGCUGAUGGUGGCGCUGACCAUCCAGACGUGGCACUGGCUCAUGAUGGUGGCCGAGAUGCUCAGCCUGGCGUGCUACGUGGCCUCGCUCGUCUUCUUGCACGACUUCAUCGACGUCUACUUCAUCACCACGCCGUCGUUCCUGUGGAAGGUGACGUCCAUCACGCUGGUCAGCUGCCUGCCGCUCUACAUCCUCAAGUACCUGCGCAGGCGCUUCUCCCCGCCUAGCUACUCCAAGCUCACCUCCUAGGGGGCGCCGUUUAGACAUUUCUAUAUUGCCUAAUCAAUAAACAACAGCGCUUGCUAAUUGAUGAAUGCACAUAAUCAAGAAAGAAAGGAUCUAACCUUUGACUUUGACCACUGCACUGAGUCACACUCCACUGCUAAAAGGAGCCUGCAGAAUUAUACGCUAGUAAAAAAAAAAAAAGCCGGUUUAUGCGUCAGGCAGCGGGCGUCCUGAGCUAAAUGGGUCCUCGCCCCCAGAGGAGUACUCAGUGGGCCCCUCGCCAUCUCCUAUGUGGUCGUGACCUCAAGCCAUAACAAAAAAAAGAAAAGGAAAAGGUAAUCACGAUGUGAAUAGAAUGUGAAUAAUGUCAAUAUGUUUAUUCCCUUAAUCCUACUAAAAUAAUUCCCGGUGUUUGACGACUUCUGUGUGGUUAUUAUAAUUCAACUAUUUAAUAUGGAUGUGAAAAGCAUGAUUGUAAAUAUAUUUUUUAACCGUAUUAACCUUUUUUUUUUUUUAUUGUUUGGAAAGCAGAACAAAAAAAAAGGGAUGUUUAAUGUUUCGAAUAUGAAUAAUAAAUCUC